AUGCCGCCUUUUUAAUUUAUAAAAGGCGAAAUUGAUUCUUACAAUUUUAGAAUAGGACCAUUGAAAAUUGGUGAUGAAGGUGCAUCAGGCUUAGGUUCAGCUUUAGCAAAAUGCAUUAAUCUCUCAAAUUUGACACUUGACCUUGGGUCUAAUUAAAUUGGUGCAAUGGGUGCAUCAGGCUUAGGUUCAGCUUUAGCAAAAUGCAUUAAUCUCUCAAAUUUGACACUUGACCUUGGGUCUAAUUAUAUUGGUGAGGAAGGUGCAUCAGGCUUAGGUUCAGCUUUAGCAAAAUGCAUUAAUCUCUCAAAUUUGACACUUAACCUUGGUGAAAAUGAAAUUGGUGAUGAAGGUGCAUCAGGCUUAGGUUCAGCUUUAGCAAAAUGCAUUAAUCUCUCAAAUUUGGCACUUAACCUUGGGUCUAAUUAAAUUGGUGAUGAAGGUGCAUCAGGCUUAGGUUCAGCUUUAGCAAUAAUGCAUUAAUCUCUCAUAAUUUGA